GUACCAAAAAUGGAACACAAAUCAUAUCCUACACCUCAUGUUUUAAUCUUUCCAGUCCCAUUGCAAGGCCAUUUAACCCCAAUGCUAAACUUAGCAGAAAUUUUAUGCCUAGCAAAUCUUAAGGUAACCUUCCUAAACACAACCUACAACCAAAAACGACUUGCCAAGCACACUGACAUCGAAGCUCGUUUUGGCCGUUAUCCUGGGUUUACCUUUAAGACGGUACCUGAUGGGCUUCCCGAUGACCACCCACGUUCUGGUGAUAAAACCUGGUUUAGAGAAAUGCACGCGGCAUUAGCGUCAAGUGUUAAGCCCCUUUUGAAGGACAAUUUUGUAGGAAAAGAUGAAGUUACAUGUUUAAUAUUAGAUGGAUGGAUGAGCUAUGCUAAUGAUGUAGAUAAUGAGGUUAAGUUACCAGUGAUUACAUUUAUUACUACUGGUGCAAACUUCAUUUGGACUUUCCAAUGUUUGCCAAAGAUGAUUGCUGCAGGGGAAUUACCAUUCAAAGAUGAAGAUAUGGAUGAGCUAGUAAAGAAUGCACCUGGGAUGGAUAGCUUCCUCCGGUACCGUGACCUUCCUUGCUUCUUCCGAGACAAAGACAUAUCUGUUUUCGGAAAGCUUCAAGACCAAUUCAAUGGCGAGAUACAAAAAAUCAAACAAGCUCACACCUUUAUUCUCAACACAUUUGAGGAUCUGGAGGGUCCCAUACUCUCUCUCAUUCGUGAGCACUGGAGAGGUGUUUACACCAUAGGUCCACUACAUGCUCACUUAAAAUACAGGCUCAACCCAAAAGACACAACACUGUCCAACACCUCCUCUAGCGACUUGUGGGAAGUUGAUCGAAGUUGCAUUUCAUGGUUGGACCAAAAGCCUGAAAAAUCCGUUGUCUAUGCAAGUUUUGGUACCAUUACUACCUUCACAAAGGACCAGCUGAUGGAAUUUUGGGCAGGACUAGUGCAGAGUAAGAAGUACUUCCUGUGGGUCAUAAAGUCCGAUAACAUUACAGGAAGUGGCUCAGAAAGUCCAGCUCACGAUGACCUUGUGCAAGGAACCAAGGAGAGAGGAUACAUAGUGAGCUGGGCACCACAGGAAGAAGUAUUGGCUCACCGUGCUGUUGGUGGGUUCUUCACCCAUAGUGGAAGGGGAUCGGUGUUGGAAAGCAUAGUGGCUGGGGUGCCAAUGCUUUGUUGGCCUUACUUUUCUGAUCAUCUGGUGGACAGCAGAUUCAUCAGUGAAGUCUGGAAAAUUGGCCUCGAUAUGAAGGAUACAUGUGAUAGAAAAAUAGUGGAGAACAUGAUCAACGAUCUUAUGGAGAGAAAGAAGGACGAGCUGAGAACAUCCGUGUCUAAACUCUCACAUUUAGCAAAGAAGAGCAUAAGUGAAGGGGGGUCUUCAUAUUCAAAUCUUGACCAGUUAAUCGAGGAAAUAAAAGGGAUGACCAAGAAAGGGGAGCAUUAGAUAUCAAUGAAGAAAAAGGUGAAUGAACUAGAAAUUGUAAUGAUGUGGAUUUGAGCAUCUUUGGCCAAGUUUCAAAUUAAACAAUGUUUCAAGCUAUUUA